AUGGCCAGCACCACUAGCGACACCACCAGUUCGCUGACCACUGUCGACUCUACCAGCAGCCCAACGACCUUGGUUACCAGUACCACCUCAGAUACGUCGUCCACCACAACGACGACGAGUUCCUUGCCUCCUCCGACAUCCAGCACCACUUCUGAUCCGCCCAGCAGCAGCACUCCCACCUCGAGCUCUACCACAUCUAGCACAACCACGACUACGUCCUCUCCUCCGCCUCCACCCUCAUCCUCGACGACCACCACAUCGAGUCCGCCUCCACCUCCUGUCACAACGUCCUCAACCACGACUACCUCUAGCCCACCUCCACCGCCCACAACAUCGUCAUCCACGACUACCUCUAGCCCACCUCCACCGCCUCCCACAACAUCGUCAUCCACGACCACAUCGGAGCCGCCACCCACUUCAUCCGAGUCGAGUACCUCUAGUGCAACUCCGGUAGUGAUCACGACCUCAACCUCCUCGGUCGUGUAUGAAACAAGCACAGCGUUCGUCACCCAAACUCUCCCAGUGACCUCAUCAGAUGGUGUCGCCGGCUACACCACAAUCACCUCAGUCGUCAUCACCACGGAAGCAGCCACCACAAUUGUCGAACCAGCAACCUUUACGAGCACUCCGGGUGCUCCGACGCUCGUUGCGGCUAACAGCGACAGCAGCAGUUCUUCGGGCUUGUCGACAGGUGCGAAAGCCGGCAUAGGCGCCGGUGUCGGUGUCCUUGUUUUAGCCGCCGCAAUCUUUGGAGGUUGGUACAGCUGGUUCAUGCGACGCCGGAGGAAACGACAAUCCUACUCGGCCAGCGAUCGAUACUCGGACAAUCCUCUGGGCCCGGAAAUGACUGGACUGGGCAUCGGAGGCGGAGCAGCAGCAGGAAUGGGUGCAAUGGCCGCCGUAUCGGGUUACCGCGAUACCUCAAACCGCUCAGAUAGACUCACAGACGUCACCCGCUCAGACCUCCCAUCUCCACCGCUUCCAUCCCCACCGCCUCGGUCUCCGGAUCGUCUUCUACCACCUACUGCGGCAACAAUCCGGAGCUGGGGCUCCACUUCUCCGCCUCCCCAGGGCUACCCAGGCCCUUCCAACAUGUCCGUAUCCGACCAGAGUGAAUACUCGCAAGGAAACAACCAGUAUGCGUCCCACUUCGGGAACCAGUAUCCACAACAACAGCCGCCUGCUGGUGUAGCGGCAGCAGGGGGGGGCUACUUUCCUCCUCCCAACGAGUUACCCGACAAUUCAAGAAACAUCCAUCAGCUACCCGAUGACGUUCCGCCGCAUCCCAAUGACCGCUCGUUCCCCAACGACGAUGUCAUGUCCCACCAAUCCUAUCAACAAGCCAACAUGGGCCACGAUGGGUAUUGGUCUGGACAACCGUCAGCGCCUUCGGCACCGUCAGCACCAUCAGCGCCAUCUGCGCCCUCGGCACAAGAGUCUUACGAAUUACCCGGACAGAGUCCUCGGCCUGGGCCGGCGCAACCUGCCCAAGGACAAGGAGGAUAUCGCGGUGUGGAUCCGGAAGUGCCGCUUCACCAGCGCAUGGAAGGAAGAGUACCUUAUCGGCCCGGUCAUUUAGGGGCGUCACAUAAUUUCUGA